AUCCACGUUUGAAUUUGACUAAAGGAGGUCUGCAAUUCGAAACAGAAGUUGUGGUGCUUGGGCGCUUGUUUGCCUGCGCAUGCAUCAACUCUCCGACUCCGACUCUUCAGUCUCCACUGCCGCCGCCGGCGAGGCUAGAGAGGGUAGAGCAUAGAGCAUAGAGCAGUCUCUCUGAGUCGUUGAGGAUUGGCGGCUGCGGACUACGACGGCCGAAUCUGACGACGACGACUGUAUACGCAGCAGCAGCACUCAAAGAUGAGCGUUCAUUCAGCUCCCUCCCUCGGUCUAUUUGAUUUGAUUUGAUUUAAUUUGAUUUGUUCCCCAAUCCCCAUUAAUAUUUAUUAUUGUAAAUUUGUAAGAGGGUAUUUAGUACUAGAAAGUGAAAGAAGCAGAAGAAGAUGAAGGCGGCAUUGGAAUUUGUAACGUCCAUGGAAUUCUGGAGAAUGGCGGUGCUGUGGGCAUUCUAUCUCCUCAUCUCCUACUGGAAGCUCUUUCUUCAACCCAAUUCGAAUUCCAAUUCUCGUCCUUCCAAUUCAUCGCCUUGGACUUCCCCCUCGGGAUUUAGGCCUGUCUGCGUUAUCACUGGUGCUACGUCUGGAUUGGGUGCGGCUGCUGCCCAUGCUCUCUCCGCCCGCGGUUUCUUCGUGGUUCUCGUUGGACGUUCAUCCCACUUGUUAGCAAAGACGAUAAUGGACAUCAAAACUCAGAAUGAGAAUGUACAUCUCAAAGCUUUUGAGGUUGACGUCGCAUCCUUCCACUCACUUCUCCAGUUUAAAGCCUCCCUACAGCAGUGGCUUUCUAACUCAGAGAUGCACCCUUCCAUCCAACUCCUCAUCAACAACGCUGGGAUACUCGCAACUUCAUCUAGACUCACCUCUCAAGGCUAUGAUCAGAUGAUGGCUACAAAUUACUUAAGUGCAUUUUCUCUGAGCAAACUAUUAUUACCACUUCUCAGAAACAGCCCAGUUCCUUCUCGUAUAGUGAAUGUCACGUCUUUCACACACCGAAGUGUUUUGAAUAUACAGAUUAACAAGGACACUGUAUCUGGGAAGUGCUUCAGCAGACAAAAGCAAUACCCAUUUGCUCAUGUCUACGAGUGUUCCAAAUUAUUCCUCCUGCUCUUCUCCUAUGAGCUUCACCGGCAACGUGGCUUGACGGAUAUAUCACGUCAGGUCUCCGUCAUUGCUGUAGAUCCUGGAGUUGUGGAAACUAACAUCAUGCGAGAGGUACCCUCAUGCCUAUCCGGUCUGGCUUUCAUAGUUUUGAAACUUCUGGGCCUUUUGCAGUCACCUGAGAUUGGAGUUAGUUCCAUUCUUGACGCAGCACUCUCCCCACCAGAAACGUCUGGAGUAUAUUAUUUUGGGGGAAAGGGUAGGACCGUCGAUUCCUCUGUGCUCUCAUACAAUGCCAAACUUGGGGAGGAACUUUGGGAUGCAUCAACUCAUCUAUUUUUAGAGUCACAGCUUGCUUCCAAGGAAACCUUCACUUCUGAGUAGAAUUGUAUAUCAUAAUUCAUAGGUAACAAGCAGUAGUACACAUAAAUGGAUGCAUCAACUACGAAGGUGUCUUGUAACCUGUUUACUUUGAUGCUUAUCUCACUACUUCUGGGCGAUAGUCACAAGUUGGGCAGCCAUCUAAAUUAUUGAGAUCGAGGGCAUAGAUUUUUUUUUCUUAUAAAUCUAUAACAUUUUGUCAUUCCAUGUGUAUUUCAUCGAAUUUGGAUCCUCUACGGUCCUCAUUGUUCAAA